AAUUUUGUAGCUUGUUUGACUCAACUUGAUGUGGCGUAAUAUCAGCUGCAGUGAAAUAUCACCUGCAGCAUAACUUUUUCAAGUCUGUUUAGGGCUCAAGCAUAUUUGGACCGCGAAUUUAAUUACUAGAAAAUGAGUGACGAUUCGAGACCCCACAGAUUUUGCGAGUUGAAUCGAAGUCAGGCUUCCUCUUGGGGAAGAGAGGCCGUUGUGCUGUCACCAGUCAUUGAAUUACAUGGUUUUGCGGCUAUGGGAUUUGACAUCCUUGUCAGCUGGCAUAUCCACUGUUUGACAUGUCGGAGAGAGUGUGAUUUGGUCACAGGUGAGCUGAACGGGGGCCGUGCAAUGGAGAAUCCUGUGCGGUACCCAACAGCAGCACACAGUGUCAGCUUCAGAAUCGAGUUCACAGUUCUUCAAAGUUCAUCAUGCAAUUCAAGCUCUCCACCCUCAUCUCUGCUGCCCUCGUCAUCGCUGGCACGGCCUCCGCUUCCAUUCUGGAGGCCAGGCAGUCCGUGGCCUGCAACGGAGCCAAUGGUCAACCCUGCGGCAAUGUGGGGGCCACUCUAUUCGGCAUCAGUGCUUCGGUACCAUUGCCAGCUUGUACUGGCGGAAGAGUCUGCACUUCCACAUGCACCGUGAACUUGGCGCUGCCAAGCCCUUUGAAUUUUGUUUCAGUGACUGGGUCUAUUGGGUCAUGCCACUAAGCGUGCCUCUAGGGCCGCCAGCAAGGUCUAUCAAACGGGACCUUCAACAACGGACAAAUUACUUGGUCUUUGGCUAAAUCGUCUUCUGUGUGAUAUCUUUGAAUUGUGUAUGAUACGAAUAACGGUCGAAGGGUGAA